AUGGCUGCAUCGGUUAAUGUGCAAAUAUCUCCAAUCGAUAGACCAACUUGCCCUCAUUGUCAUCGUCAUGAUCAAGUUUCUGCUAUAGCUGAUCUUCUUCCUGAUGCUGAUAGUGAUGAUCUUAGUUUUACUAAUUAUAGGCUUAGUAAUCGUAGUGGUUCAAGUAAUCCUGAUAAUGCUACUAAUGAUCGUACUUUUGAUGUUGAUGGUUAUUGGAUUAUGCUCGAACUUUAUGGUUUUUAUCUUGCUUAUUUUAGUAACUCACUUGGUAUUCUUAAUUCUCUAAGCCGUCGUGCUGCUGCUGCUCGCCUUGAUGGUACUGAUGCUGCUGCUGGUCUUGCAACUCUUGUUGCCGGUCUUAUUGGAGAAAAGACAGGUUUCUGUUAUUUUCAGCUACUUAAUGAUUCAACGAUAUAUGUCUGUGACUAUAAACAUGGUGAAGGCUCGUCAGAAAUGACUCCAUCAAUCUAUGCGCAACCAUCGUCGAACGCAAAACCGACUUGCCCACGUUGUCAUUGUAACGAUCAUGUUAAUCGUUAUUUUGAUAUUAUUGAAAAACUUUUUUUUCGGUGUAUGAAUCGUCCUGUUGCUCUUGGUGACAAUAAUAUCUAUACCACUGAUGAUCCCGAUGGCAGCUUUCUUCGUCGUCUUCGUUUUGAUGCUCGAGAUGCUUUUGGUGAUCAUGAUGCUACUCGUCUUCUUUGUUUUGAUCGCACUCCUGCAAAUGUUCUUGGUUGUAUUGGAGUACAAACAGAUUUUUGUUUUUUUCAGAUCGUUGAUAAUAAAGCAGUCUAUGUAUGUGAGCAAAAACAUUAA